CACCCGAAAUGGUAUUCGCGCUAAAAAAAGCCAACUCAUUCAACCAAUCCUCUCUCUUUCCUUUCCUUCUUCUUCUUCUUCCCAACCAAAAAAAAUUCCAUUUCCAAAUUCCAACAAAUCCUUCAAAACUUCACAUUCAUACGCGCUUUCACGCGCCGCCACCAUCUUUCAACUGAACACCAUGGAACAACCGAAGCUGAAAACCGAAAUUGAAACUCACGUCGUGAACGGAGACUCCGCCGAAGCGAAGGGAUCCGGAUCGGGAUCGGGAUCUGGAUCCGAAUCGGGAGGUAGCAUGAAGAAAUCGGUGCAUUGGAGUCCUGAAUUGGUUACCGAAACCACGUUCACGUCUUCUCCUCAAGGAACGCAGUCCAAUUCAUCUUUCAAUUCCGCUUCUCCUUCUUUCUCUCAACCUCCUCCUUCGUUCAACGUCAUGGAGACGGUGGUGACUGUACGCAAUGUGCUUGGAAGAUGGGGGAAGAGGGUGGGAGAGGCGACUCGGAAGGCCGAGACUCUCGCUGGAAACACUUGGCAGCAUUUGAAAACAAGCCCAAGCAUGACCGAAGCUGCUAUGGGAAGAAUUGCACAGGGAACAAAGGUCCUGGCAGAAGGUGGAUACGAGAAGAUAUUUCUGAGUACAUUUGACACUGUUCCAGAAGAACGGCUUCAGAAUUCGUUUGCAUGCUAUCUAUCCACAUCAGCUGGUCCUGUAAUGGGAGUGUUGUAUAUAUCUACAGCUAAGAUUGCAUAUUCUAGUGACAGUCCUAUUUCCUACAAAUCUGAGGACAAAACAGAAUGGAGUUAUUAUAAGGUAGUCAUUCCCCUACAUGAGCUAAAAGCAGUGAAUCCUUCAUCUAAUACAGCCAACCCUGCUGAAAAGUACAUCCAAGUGAUCUCCGUGGAGAAUCAUGAAUUUUGGUUUAUGGGCUUCUUGAACUAUGAAAACGCCGUGGGCUUCCUGCAAGAUGCACUUCAAACAGGCAAAGUAAUACAGUCAGAAGCAUAGUCUGUUCAUACGUUCUAGUUUCAAACCAGCAAAUAUAUGUCAUGCCAUCUUAUUGUGUAGGCUUGGAACUGUUGAUAAACCAGCUUAUAUUUGGCAAAAUUUUGUUGAUAUGAAUUUACUAUAGGCUUCAUACCUUGGACCAUUUGUGGGGAUCCAUUGGAAUAGUUAGAAAAUUGUAUUGACUUUUUCUCGUAUUCUUGCAUCUGAUUUGUUACAGAACUAGUUAGCAAUUAUAGAAGGUGAACUAUUUUUGUUUUC